AUGGAUCUUUAUGAUUAUAUGAGCCCGAAUGCUACAACAGAAGAGCAAAACGAAGAAGGAUAUGAGAAAUUAAAAGAAGAAAUGGGAUCCGCAUUGGACUCCUUAACUGGAGGAAAAUUCGGUCCCUUCUGGAGUAAAUUUAAAGAAAAGGGUGAAAGCUUCAUAGGUGAUACAAGAGAGCGUGCGAACACAGGAGUGAGCAAUUUGAAAGCACAAUUUGAAGAGGGUACUUCCUCAGGCUCGACAUUGGAGAAUAUUCGCAAAGUGGAAGAGUCAGCAGGUCGUUAUUGGAAUAGUUUUGGAACGACGGUCAAUGGAUUUUUAGAUAAAGCGCUGCAGGUCACUCCAAAGGAAGAAGAAGAAUCAAGAUUAAGCAGAUCCAAAUCUUCUCGCGCAAGUUUAUUUUUGAGCCGUCAGGAAAAGCAAAUUUUGCGAUUGAUUGAAAACUCAGACCUGUUUCGAAAUCCCGUGUCUGAUGAAGGUUACAAAGAUUGGGAAAAGGAGAUUUCCAUUGACAGCAAGACUGAUGAAAUUUCGGGUCUCCUUCAAACCUAUGAAAGUCUACGUAAUCAGAUGGAACAAUUGGUGCCUUCUCAAGUUUCCUACGACGCAUUUUGGAAACGUUUCUUUUGGUACAAGGAAGGAAUUCGACCAACGAAGUCUAUGAGUUCAAUACACAAUGAAGAAGAAAUAUUUAGUUGGGAUGAUGAAAAAAGCGAUGUUGAAGAAGAAAAAGCCGAUAAGGAUACAAGUAAAAGAAAGGAAGAAGUUUCUAAAGAUACUAAGGACGAGCUUGACCCGGAACAAAACGAAAAGAAGAGCGCUACUUCAACUCCUUCUGUUAGUCACGCUGAUGAAAAGGUAACUCCAGAGACUCCCACUACAGAGAAGGACAACACGAAGCCUAAUAAAGGUAAAGAUAAUGAUGAAGAUGACGAUUGGGAAUAG